GAGGCUAAGGGUGACUGACUGCCCAGCGCCGGGUUCUCUGCAGCGUGACUUGACUUUCGGGCGGCUGGCGAGGAUGCUAAUCCACAGGGUUCCUGAGCCCAGCAUCCCUCCCUCCACUGUGAGGCUCGAAUCCGCUAUUUCAAACAAAUCUGGGUUCUGCCCUGAGGGUGGCGCAAUGACAGGAGCCACCAGGUGACCCUGGUAACUCAUGCACCUAGGUUUCCUACAACGUGUCUGACGUGUCUCCACUCGAGGAUUUAGAGUCCAUCCAUACGGCAGCAUGUUCAACUUCAUUCCUCAUUGUGGGUGAAUAAUACACCAGUGCUGUUUCAGUUUUUAAAACAGAGUCUCACUGUUCAGCCCAGGCUAGCUCAAACUGGCUGCAACCCUCCUGCCUCACUCAGCACCGUCAGUACUGGGAUCACAGUUGUGGCCUUCUUGGUGGCCUUCAAUCAGAACAAGGCCCUCAUCGGUGACCAGGGCCUGCUACCCUGCAGACUGUACCUGAAGAAUGUCCAGCAGUACUUCCAGGGCAGGAUCGACUUGGGUGCCUGGAGCUAUGCUCCGACCAUCAUGUGGCUGUUGGACUGGUCAAACAUGAACUUCAACCUGGACCUUCUUGCUCUUCUCGGGCUGGGCCUCUCAUCCUUUGUCCUGGUGACUGGCUGUGCCAACAUGAUACUCAUGGCUUCCCUCUGGGCCCUCUACAUGUCCCUGGUCAACGUAGGGCAGAUCUGGUAUUCUUUUGGAUGGGAGUCACAGCUGCUGGAAACAGGAUUCCUGGGAAUCUUUCUGUGCCCUCUCUGGACGCUGUCCCGCCUCCCUAAGCACACCCCCACAUCCCGAAUUGUCCUGUGGGGCUUCCGCUGGCUGAUCUUCAGGAUCAUGCUUGGAGCGGGCCUAAUCAAGAUCCGCGGGGACAAGUGCUGGCUGGACCUGACCUGCAUGGACUUCCACUAUGAGACUCAGCCCGUGCCCAACCCGAUGGCCUACUACCUGCACAGGUCACCCUGGUGGUUCCAUCACUUUGAGACCCUCAGCAACCACUUCCUAGAACUCCUCGUGCCUUUCUUCCUGUUCCUCGGGCGCCGGAUGUGCAUUCUUCACGGGGUGCUGCAGAUCCUCUUCCAGGGAGGGAACAUCUGGAUGCUAGAUUGUAUAGAAUGGUGUCCUGAUGGAGCGGGCCGCAUAGAGACUGAGAGGAUGGUGAUCCUCAUCAUCAGUGGGAACCUGAGCUUCCUGAACUGGCUCACCAUCGUGCCCAGCCUCGCCUGUUUCGACGAUGCAGCUUUGGGAUUCCUGUUUCCCUCAGGACCUCGAGGCCUAAAGCACCAAGUCCUGGAGAUGCAAAAGGAAGAAACAGGAGGGGUCCAGCCCAAACCAAGAUAUGGCUGCACGGUGCGGCGAGUGGUCCACAUCUCCCUGGGCGUCCUGGUGGCCUGGCUCAGCGUCCCCGUGGUCAUCAACCUCCUAAGCUCCAGACAGGUCAUGAACACCUCCUUCAAUCCACUCCGGAUCGUCAACACCUACGGGGCAUUUGGAAGUAUCACCAAGGAACGGACUGAGGUGAUCCUACAGGGCACAGCCAGUCCUAACGCCAGUGCGCCCGAUGCAGUAUGGGAAGAUUAUGAGUUCAAGUGCAAGCCAGGUGACCCCUGGAGGCGGCCAUGCCUUCUCUCUCCAUACCACUACCGCCUGGACUGGCUAAUGUGGUUCGCAGCUUUUCAGACCUAUGAACAGAAUGAGUGGAUCAUCCACCUGGCGGGUAAGCUCCUAGCUGGUGACGCCGAGGCCCUGUCCCUCCUUGCCCUCAACCCCUUUGAGGGCAGGGCACCCCCCAGGUGGAUCCGUGGAGAACAUUACCGCUACCGGUUCAGCCUCCCCAGUGGCAAGCACGCUGCCCAGGGCAAGUGGUGGGUACGCAAGCGCAUUGGCCCCUACUUCCCCCCACUCCGCCUUCAGGAUUUGAAGGACUACUUUAGGACUCGGGAGUGGCCGCUGCCGAAGCCCCAUCCAGACAACACCCUGAAAUAAAGACCAGAGACUAA